AUGAUCCAGAACGAUGGUGUGCCGCAUUGCAUAACCAAUGGCAACUCCCUAGGAGACCUGCAGAAAGAAGUAGACUACUCAUGGGCGGCUCCUCUUCUUGAGCGGACCAUUGACGCUGAUCGCAAAGUCCGAGUCAUCUGCGUUGGCGCGGGUUUCAGUGGCAUCGGGGCAUCAAUUCACCUGCGAGAGCAUAUACGAGACAUUGACUUCCAGAUUUACGAAGCUGCGGACGAUGUCGGCGGAGUGUGGCAUCACAAUCGAUACGCAGGCGCCGCCUGCGACAUCCCAGCUCACAGCUAUCAGUACUCCUUCUGCCAGAACACCCAGUGGUCGGAAUUCUAUGCGCCUGGCCUAGAGAUCCACAGAUACUUGAAGAGAGUUGUCGAUCACUACAAGUUGCAAAGCCUCAUCAAGCUGCGUCACAGAGUAGUUGGAGCCGAGUGGUCUCAGGAUCGCGGAAAGUGGCUUGUCAGAGUGUUAGAUCUAGACAAGAAUGAGGAGAAAGUAGAUGAGGCAGAAUACUUUUUGUACGCCACUGGUCUCUUGUCAAAGCCCAAAUGGCCGACGAUUGCGGGCCGAGAAAGAUUCAGGGGCAUUUUGCAUCAUUCUGCAAAUUGGGAUGCUGCCAAGGAGGAAGCUCAAGAAGGAUUCUCAUGGAAAGACAAAAGAGUUGCUGUCAUUGGCGUAGGGUCUAGUGCAAUUCAGAUCAUGCCACAAAUGCAGAGGAAAGCGAAACAUGUUACAAACUUUGUAAGGAGUCGCACAUGGAUCUCGUCUACAUUUGCCUCGGCCUUUCUUGAACGCCUCAAUGAAGAGUUAGAGAGAGGCCUCAACGCCGUGCACAAGAUCACCGAACAGGGCCAACCAUUGCAGCUGGAAGCGCGAAGAAUCAUAGAGGAAAAGAUGCUGGAGAAGCUUGCAUCCAAGCCUGAGAUUGCUGAUAAGCUUAUACCUGACUUCCCAGUUGCCUGCAAACGCCUCACGCCGGGGCCGGGUUACCUCGAGAGUCUAACAGCAGACAAUGUUGAGUUCUGUUCUCAAGAGCUAGCAUCGUUCACCGAGAAAGGUCUCAUGACAGCAGAUGGCUGCGAACUUGAAUUCGACGCAAUCAUUUGCGCUACUGGCUUCGUGAGCUACAUUUACUAUUCAACGCCCCAUUUCAGGAUUAACACACGUAGAAAGGAUGUCUCUGCUGUACCCAGCUUCCCGAUCUAUGGCUCUAACAACAUCAAUUUGCAAGACAUGUGGGCCACAGAUGUCAAACAGUACUUGGCUGUCUGCGUUCCUCAGAUGCCUAACUUGUACGUCAUUAUUGAGCGUUCAAAUUCCUUGGAUAUUGCAGCCACUUACCUGUUUGACAGCUUCCCAAUUCUAAGUGUCCAGUCUGGUGUUGGUUCAGGGUCCCUGCUCAUUCUGAUGGAGCAACAAAUUGCCUACGUCACCAAGUGCAUUCAAAAGUGCAUCCGGGAAGGUUACAAGAGCAUCGUAGUGAAGGAUGACGCUGUCGAAUCAUUCCUUCAGUACGCAGACAAUUACUUUGACAGGACUGUGUAUUCAGGCAACUGCAAAUCGUGGUACAAGAACGGAGCUUCUGGAAAGGCCAAGAUCCGAACACUGUGGCCUGGGUCUUGUCUACACGGGUACACCGCGCUGCGUCACCCUCGAUGGGAAGAUUUCGAAUACGAAAGGGCCGAAGACUAUGAUCAUCGAAUGGCAUGGCUUGGCAACGGAGAUGUCCGACCGGAUCUUGAUCGUGUGUUCUAUUUGGACGAAAUUUGGGCGAUGCACAAGAGAAACUUCCGGGGCAACAUGAGUUUGUGUAAUUACCUAGAGCAGGAAAGUUUUGUCUGCGGCUCCGUUUGCAUGCGGACAUCUUUGGACUCCACGGGAUUGAUUAUGCCGCUCAAGUACAAAACCUUUCAGGCCAAGACACAAUCAUGA